UGCCUCUCCUACCCGGAAGUUAAACUACCCAGUACAGUAUAAGGAAGUAGGCGAGGAAGGGCGUCACGUGGGUGAAGCAUGGGAGCCACUGGAAAAAUCAACCGGCCCCGGACGGAGCUACAGAAAAACCUUUUCAAAAGGCGCCGCGUCCUUAGCAAGCAGAAGAGGAAGAAACACCGGAUUGUAGGUGCUGUGGUGGAUGAGGGGCUCAUCACCAUUCAUCACCUAAAGAAACGCUGUUCUAGCUCCCGAGCGAACAUUACCCUCUCUGGGAAAAAGAAAAGGAAACUGCUGAAGCAAAUCCGCCAUUCCACAAAGGAGAAGACAGAAAUGCAGGUUGACCUUUCUCCAGCUCCAAAUAAAAAUGCCCAGAGUGGCAAGCGGCAGAAGAAGAAGAAGAAUGGGGGGGAAACAGCUGGCCCAGAUAUAGAGAUGGCAGAAGUGGAGCCUGCAGCAGAACCAGGGAGCUCAGAUCUUCCUUUGCAGUCUUAAAGCUCAGUCUCUUCACUCUCUUUCGUUGCCUGCUGGCAGAACUCUGGGGUUAGCAGCAAAGGCCAUCCAUGGCUGCAGAACCAGGAAAGUCAUAAGGAUUGGGCUUGGAAGCUCUUUAACCCCAUGGACUUUGAUGUGGCUAGAUUUCCGUUAAAAACACACAUAGUCUUGAGAGGUUUGCUAGACAGGCUGCAACUGUCUAGUUCCUUUGGCUCUCCAGAUAUUGCUGAACUACAGCUCCCAUCAUCCCCUGGCCUUUGGCCAUCUUGAUGGGGGCUGCUGGGAGUUGAUGUCCAACAACUUCUAGAGGGGCCCAAAUUCCCCAUCCCUAAACUAAAAGUAAGGGUGAGGAACAUUUCUCUCUCUCUGAGGAUUGCAUGUUGAUGUUGGGUGGGGUGUCAAAACAAAAGUGAGUUGGUGAAAUGCAUACCAUGGAUACUGUGCACACUUCUAUCAUUCCCCCCCCCACCAGCUAUGGGGCUUAUUGAGGGUAAAGCAUUUUGGGGAGUGUGUGCACUUAAUGGAGACUACAGCUGAGGAGGGACAUUUUCUGCUCAAAGAUCUCUCACCCUCCUGUGCAAUAACUGGAAAUGCUGGAAAGCAGUCUUUGUUUGGCACCAAUAUAGAAGGCUUUCCCCCCAAGCCUAAUUUUGGGGUACAAUUUUUGGCAGAUGUUCCAGGGUUGAAAUAUUGUCCCAAUAAAAUAGCAGAAAACCA